CACAGAGAGACUCUGAUCGCAGCGUAGCCUUGGACUUAUUUCAAGGGAAAUUAACUUGGAAACCCCUCCACGAGGCUGUAAUCCUAAGUGUAUGCCCCUGGAAAAGCUAGGGAUGAGCACCGCCCUGAACUACAAGUCCUUCUCCAAAGAGCAGGAAACCAUGGAUAACCUGGAGAAACAGCUGAUUUGCCCCAUCUGCUUGGAGAUGUUCACCAAGCCUGUGGUGAUCCUGCCCUGCCAGCACAACCUCUGUCGGAAAUGUGCCAGCGACAUCUUCCAGGCCUCCAACCCCUACCUGCCGACCAGAGGAGGCACAACUGUGGCGUCGGGAGGCCGCUUCCGCUGUCCCUCCUGCAGGCACGAGGUGGUCCUCGACCGGCAUGGAGUCUACGGGCUGCAGAGGAACCUGCUGGUGGAGAACAUCAUCGACAUCUACAAGCAGGAGUCCACAAGACCUGAAAGGAAGUGUGACCAGCCAAUGUGCGAAGAGCAUGAAGAUGAAAGAAUUAAUAUCUAUUGUUUGAACUGUGAAAUGCCCACCUGCUCCUUGUGCAAAGUCUUUGGUGCACACAAAGACUGUCAAGUUGCUCCUCUCACAAACGUUUACCAGCAACAGAAGUCCGAGCUGAGUGAUGGCAUUGCAGUCCUUGUGGGGAGCAAUGACAGAAUGCAAGGGAUAGUCACGCAGCUGGAGGAGACCUGCAAGACGGUUGAGGAAUGCUGCAGACGACAGAAAGAGCAGCUGUGUGAAAAAUUUGAUUAUCUCUAUUCUGUACUGGAAGAAAGAAAAAAUGAGAUGACACAAAUAAUCACCAGAACCCAAGAGGAGAAACUGGAACACGUCCGCUCCCUGAUGAAGAAGUAUGCGGAUCAUUUGGAAGCUGUGUCAAAGCUGGUUGAAUCAGGAAUCCAGUUCAUGGAAGAACCAGAAAUGGCUGUGUUUUUGCAGAAUGCCAAAACAUUGCUACAAAAAAUUACUGAAGCAUCCAAAGGAUUUCAAAUGGAAAAAAUAGAGGAUGGGUAUGAAAAUAUGAAUCAAUUCACAGUGAACCUUAGUAGAGAAGAAAAGAUAAUACGAGAAAUUGAUUUUGACAGAGAGGAAGAGGAAGAAGAGGAAGAGGAGGAGACAGUGGAUGGUGAAGACUUGGAUGAAGUCCACACAGAGUCAUCAGGAGAGGAGGAGGUGGAGGAAGAGGUGGAGGAGGAAGGCACUGAGACAGCACCACAGCCACCUCGGCAGGACCCUGAACCACAGGGCACAGCAGGAGAGCCCCCAGCCAAACCCGCUGCAGUGCCACUGCCUGCCACCCCAGCUGGUCAGACUGGUUCUGAACCGUCCCCUCAAGGACGAGUGGAGGAAACUCCCUUGAGCAAUGAGAGGGGUGACGAGCCGGCUCGUCAUAUCUUCUCCUUCUCCUGGUUGAACUCACUGACUGAAUGA